GAGUUCAGCCUCAACGAUAAACAAUGGAUAGCCUUCAGGAUGAUUUCUGAAUUCUUUGUUGCGAAAUAUGUCGACAAGACAGUGGCUGAAGAUCAGCAGUUGCGAAUGCUUAUGACUGGACCCGGAGGGACUGGAAAGACACAUGUAGUCAAGGCAGUGCAACAGGUCAUGCAACAUUAUGGCUGUGCGCACCUGAUUCGUUUUCUGGCCCCGACAGGUUCCGCUGCAGCGCUAAUUGACAACAUGAUGGUCCACAAAGGCCUUGGUAUCAAGAUCAAAUCCAAGAACAGAGGGAAAGGAAACCGAGAUCCCGGGACGGGCACAGAAGAUUAUUCCGUGUUCAUCAGUGUGACAAACCGUUCACAGCUGUGGGAUGAGUGGAAGAAUGUAGAAUUCUUGCUCCUCGACGAAGUGUCAUUAGUGGGACUUCAGCUAUUAGUGGACAUCAACCAUGCACUU